CACACGUCCAAACAAGCCUCAAUACUCCUUUUUUCCGCUCCUGCUGAUUGACCUCACCUUCUCGUCACUUUUCGCCCUGGCCAAACGCCGGUCUUCAUAUCAAGGCAAGCUGGAUCUGGCACUCCGAUGGGAUGCACCGGUAUCCCGAGUACUGAUUGACAUGAUGGCCGGUCGGUCUACAGCUCAACUUCUUGAUCGUUCCCGCUUCCGGGUCCACAGGGUCAGAGCUAUAUUUGUCCUCAAUGUAGGGGGUUGAGGCAUCCAUUUGAUCUUUCCACCGGACUGAAUCUCUCCCAUGAGAUAUCAUUCUCGUUGGCCUCGAUACCCUCUGAAGUGCUGCCAAAUGCGACCGACUGCAGCUCCCCACUCCGUUCGCCUUCGGCUUUCCUCUCGACUUUCGAUGAAUCACCAGCCAUGUUACCCCACACUCCGGUAUAAGCGGCCUCAUACAGCAAACAACGCCUACGAUUAGGCUGCCUUCACCAGGUACUCUACGAGAAUUCGAAACAUAUAUUGACGCAUCCCUGAACCGGCACACACAAAGGGGCAUGAUGGAUCCACAAUCUUACCACACAUCCCUCGCCCACGUCCUUAGCAGACUUCGGCCCUUCUCAAAGGCUGUGGUCUUCACCGCUUUCGGCCCUCGGAAGCGCACCAGCACAUGUCAAAUGCAAAGAGGAUUCUGAUCGCCAUCUCACAUCAGCAGUCAGCACAGCACAGUCAAUCUCAAACAGACUGAUCCUUUGUGCCACAAACGCCUUCCAUCUCGCCAUUCGCCCUAUCUAGCCCCAUCCCCGACAUCUAUACAUCCCUGCAAACAAAGGGCGGUGUGUGGCUACAUGCGGCGCAAAUCGAUAUCGGAUCAGUGAAGGCAUGCUUUCAGAUUCCCAUACCGGUACACCAGGGCACGACAGACCCAUAUAUCAGCAGAGCUGACUGAGACUCGCUCCCUUCCCUCUUCAUCUCUUUACUCACUCACUUCUCACCUGCCAUUCAUUGGUGCUAGUAAUACAUUCAUUCACUUUUCAGCUCGGUAUCAAGCGUCCGGAUCUGUAGAAGAUGACUACCCCAGCAGCCAUGGCCUUCUCGGCCCUUGAGUCCCUCGCCGGUAUGCUCUUCAUGAUAUGGCAUACUUAUCACUAUGACCGCUGGAAGUGUCUUCUCUACACCAAGGAUGAAUGGUUCCGAGCUUUCAUGUGUCAUAUACUGUUUGGGUCUGUCAUGUGUCUACAAAUCUACACCUGGAUAGACGUGCAUGUUAUCUACGCCGAGUACUGGAUCUACUACCCCGCCUUGGAUGAGACCAUCGUCACCCCCUGGUCGCUGUACACGCCUGCGCACUAUAAGCUAUUCCGAACCAGUCUCUACUUUAUCACUGCCGGUUGGGGUUUCUUGCAGGGUGUGCAUCUUGAAGAAUUCCUCUACUGGGCCUACCUGAUCAAAUCCAUCAACACCCCCGGCGGACCACGAACCUCCUGGCUCCAUUCCGGCUUUUUCAAAGUCUGGGUCGGCCUCUUCAUCUCCUGUUUCGCCUUGUUGAUCGGCUCGGUGCAUAUCGAAGAGCAUGACUUGGAUUUAAUGAGGAGUUAUCUGUUCAUGGUCGGAAGUUGCAUGAGUCUUGUUUUGGCGUUCGCCUCUAUCGCUCUUUGUAUCGUCUUUCCCUCUUUCUUGCGAAACGUCAAACGCCAAGGCGCCUCCUUCGAAGUCCUCGAAAGACUGUACUUCUUCUCUGAAGUCAACGAAAUCAGGACAGUGUGCAGGAUCGUAUACAGUGUCUCUUUCUUGAUCCUCUCAGCGGAUGCCUUUACAACAAACCAGGCAAUCAACAGCAGUUCAUUCUGGUCUGACGCUUUUUACCUUUGUGGACAACUUGGUCUGUUAUCUGCUACCUGUCUCUCCGUGGUCAUCCUUCUUCCCAGAAAUAUGACUUCCGAAUCUGUCCCCACCCUCGCUCAAACCGACAACCAACCCAUGGUAGCCUAUCAGCGCCCUCAGCCCGACGGGUACUCGCCCCAACAGUUCUACGAACUCGGCGAGCGUCUCAACGUGGGGCACGAUGCCCUGGCUAUCGGUCUCGCUUCCCUCAACCCCAACAAUGCCGGCCAUAUGGGCGGCAAGGAAGGGUUCGAGAUGCAAGUCACUCCUCCCCUCCCCACGCACUCCCACAGCCAAGACAACAUCUCUUCAUACUCUGGCAACUCCUCCCAACGGACUCGUGUUGAUCCAGCCCCUUUUGCCGAGUCUGCCGACCGCUCAAAACUCACGUCUAGGUUGAGCGAGUUUGCUGGGGGUUACCUAGUGUGGUGGGGAGAUUCAAGAGCCCGUUCGAGGUGGGGAGCGCGGAGAGAAGAGGGAAGGAGGGGCCGACGGAGAUCUAUGUGAAGACGGUGAAAGAGGUGCACGAGGACGAUAUGGUUUAGCGCUGCUCUAGACUCGCCUUGUCCUUGUGAUCUUCUUACACUUUCUUUCGUUUCGGCCGCACGGGGUACCCUCUUCUGUGGGAUAUAGCUUUAUAUUAGAGGUCGGAUGGGCCUGGACUUUGUUUUGUUAGCCUCACAACAUUUAUAUUACCAACUUUCCCCUCUUCUACUUCUACACAGAACUUGCCAUGGAGAUG